AUGCACUUCAGCAUUGUUGCAAAGAGUGUGGACACUGAAGAAGUUGAGGGAAUUGAUGACGCUUUCGCCAGAGAGGAAAUGUCAAGGGAGAGACUGCAUUACUUAGAAGCCAUGGUUUAUGAGGCUCUUGAGCACAAGCUGGUCGUUGCAGAAGCCAAUCAAAGGUUAAGGCUUCCACUUAUUUCUAAAGACGGUGAGAUUCAAGAGGAAGAAAUUGAGAAAUGUAGUAUAAUGUCAAGAAGCUCCCUUGAUAAUCCUGGAGUUGGUGGUGUUCCUAAUCGAUUCUUUGGAAUAACAGUUGUUUACUUGCGAAAAACUCAACUCCAGCCUGCACCACUAUCUACAGACAUGGCAGAAUACCAGAUGUCACUUUUCCAUGCAAUAGAGAGUCGUUUAAAAGCUAAAUGCGAUAAGUUAGCUGAUGCCUGCAUAUUAGAUGAGUUUGACGUCUCCUCAACUGGUAAUCCAAAUACAAGUGCUCGACCUCCAGAAAGCUUGCACUCUUCCACUGGUCAUGUUAACAAAGUAAAGUUAAUUAUUGAGGAUAUUAAGAGGGAAGAAACAGCUCUGCAAGAGGAUCUAUAUUCUGUGGAUAGAAAAUUCGUGGAGUAUUACAAUUUUUACAAGCUAAUUGACGUACCAAUGAGUAACUGCAUCAAUAGUGGCAUAAAGAAGAAUUUUAUCCUUGUCCUAGUUCAACUCUUUCUUCCUCAACCAUCACCUUCUUGCACCUACAACUUUGGAAAUGGUGUGAGUUUUGGGGAUGGAUUUGUCGAGAAUGUUGUUCUUUUGGAACCGACAGUGCAAGUUGAGAAAUUCUUCAGUAUUAUUAUUAUGUGGUGGGCUGUUGUGGCAUCGAUUUGGGUGGCAUACAAGAAUUCAACAAUGCUAUGGUGGUGUGAUUUGUGUUGUUUUGGUGGCGACAAUUCAGGUGGCGUUGAUUUGGGCUACUGUGGCCGAUGUCGAUUUCAGGUGGGUGUGACAAUGGAUUCCGGCAAAGAUGAAGAGAUGAGGAGAACCAUUAGGGCUCAAGGGGAAAUCGAGCAAAAAUCAAUUGCUUGUUAG